UUUAAAGAAGCAUUAAAAUUACCAAGAGGUUGUCAAGUGAAAGAUGUUCAUUCACAAACAAAAAAUCAAAUACAUUUGGAAGGAGCAAAUACUAUUAUAAAAUGUGGUUAUGAUAUUUCCAUUGGCCUAAAUGCAACGCCUGUCAUUUGGAUUAAAACAAAAAUAAAGUUUAUAGAUUUCAAAAAAAGCCAAGCCAUGGGAGAAUUAUUUUUGAUUGAUAAACUUCAUCCAACACAUUCAAUGACUGUUCUUACUGAUAUCAAAAAGUUGAUUACUCACACAACAGUUUCUGUACCUUCUCUUCUUAAGAAAAUAAAAAUUUUCAAACGUAUUGAAAUAAAUGAAGAUAGAAUGUCAGAAAUUAUCGAUAAUUUAUCUGAACAAGAAUUAUUCAAUAUGGAUAUUCGCAAUAGAUUAAGAUUGUUAAGAGAUUAUGUUAGAUUAGCUGAAUAG